AUGCCUCUCAUUGUGCUGGCUAACCAGGUCAAGUUGAGUAGCGCAUGGAAGAACUUGUUGGAAAUACUCUCGCGCAGAGUAUGCGACCUUGGUACAAAAGCACCACAAGAGCAUACCUUCAUCGCCAAUCUCACAGAAACUAAUAUCUGGGCCGACUCGCUAGCGAACCAAGCAUCGGCAACGCCCAAGGCCAACGCCACCUUUAUCUUCCUUGCGCGUAAUUCGGAGCUCAAGGCGGUUGUAGAGUCAAUACAGUACAUGGAAGAUCGAUUCAACAAGAAGUUUCAAUAUCCCUAUGUAUUCCUCAACGAUGAACCAUUUACAGAUGAAUUCAAAGAAUGGACUUCGCAAAUGGUCUCAUCCAAAGCCGAAUACGGUAUCAUUCCUCGAGAACAUUGGCAACAGCCGGACUGGAUCGACGAGGAAAGAGCAAAGGCUGGGCGCGACAAGAUGGUAGACGAGAACAUCAUCUAUGGCGGCUCUGUGUCCUACAGGAACAUGUGUAGGUUCAACAGCGGUUAUUUCUUCCGUCAUCCACUCAUCCUGCCAUAUCGGUGGUACUGGAGAAUCGAACCUGGAGUCAAGUUUUACUGUGACAUAGGUUAUGAUCCUUUCUUGUCUAUGGAGGAUAAUAACCAGGUCUAUGGUUUCAAUAUUGCGCUUUACGAGCUCGAGGAGACAAUACCGACGCUCUGGAAAGCGACAAAAGAAUUCAUCAGCAAACAUCCACAGUACGUGGCCAGCGGCAACGCAAUGGGGUUUCUAUCUGAGGACGGCGGUCGAACAUACAAUCUCUGUCAUUUCUGGAGCAACUUUGAAAUUGCCGACAUGGAAUUUUGGCGGGGCGAGGCCUACACUGCAUACUUUGACUGGCUGGAAUCCAAAGGCGGGUUUUAUUACGAGCGAUGGGGAGACGCACCCGUACAUUCGAUAGCUGCUUCACUAUUUCUCAGGAAAGAGCAACUGCGGUUCUUCGACGAGAUUGGGUAUAAGCACGAAAGCUUCCAGCACUGUCCAUCUGGCGAUAGACACAAGCAAGGUCGAUGCUCGUGCUCUCCUAAAGAUGCGUUUGACUGGGACUAG